CUCUACAUAUAGGGUUUCCUAUUUUUGUGAAAUCUCUCAUCUUUCAUAAUCAAUUGUUGUAACAUCUCAUCUUUAUUUGGGGGGAUUUAAUCAACAUGUCCCAUCCUUCACCCUCAACAUAUCAAAGGUGUAUACUGUAUAGUAGUAGUUUUUUUUUUUUUUUUGUUGCUUUUUCCUUGAACUAUCAUAUCCCAUGUUAUUUCUUCGAGACACACAUACCCCAUCUUUAACUAUUUCUCUUCCACUACCCUUUUUAUUUGUCAGUAAAAGGGAUCAGUAUUCCAGCUACUAACACUUUUUUUUUUAUUCCUUUUAACAGAGAAAAGAAAAGAAUAUAAUCAAAGUUGAUCAUUUUCAGUGAUGAAAAUAAUAUUAUUUUGGCCCAUGCAGGUCUCGAACCUGCGACCUUCGCGUUAUUAGCACGACGCUCUAACCAACUGAGCUAAUGGGCCAAUUUGUUAGUACAGUAAUGAAUAGUUUAUAUAUUUGGUAUAAGGCAUUGAUGAGGAGGAACCAACCCUAUAAAAGAAGAACCAAAGUUGUGUGGAACUGAAGUUUUUUGAAAAAAAGGGGAGGUAGCCAUGAAAAGUAAUGAGCCACGUUCAAGUUCUUCUUGUGCAGCUUGUAAGUUCUUGAAGAGAAGGUGCACUACCACUUGCCAAUUUGCACCAUAUUUCCGAUCGGACGAGCCGAAGAAGUUUGCUAAUGUACACAAGGUGUUUGGAGCUAGCAACGUGAUCAAGAUCCUGAAUGAAGUGCCACAAGACCAGCGAGAGGACACUGUCAACUCGCUGGUCUACGAGGCUGAGGUGAGACUUAGAGACCCGGUUUACGGUUGCAUUGGAGCUAUAGCAUCUUUGCAGAGGAAGAUGGUGGAGCUACAACAUGAUCUGAUGGUUACUAAAGCACAUCUUGCUUACUAUGAAGCCAAGCCCAGUAGCACAACUUCUAAUUGUUCUCUCUUGGAUUAUGAUCCUCUUAAUGUUAAUAUCAUCAAUACGCCUUCUUUUUUUGCGGACACUUCUGGUGGAUUCUUGGAUAGCUUCAGCCAGAAUACCUUUGCCAUGGACCAAACUGGAUCCAACAAUGAAUUUGGCCAAUUCCCAUUUCCAUGAUCCUUCUCUAUUUAAUGUACGUUUACGCAUUUCCUUGUAUAUAUAAGAGGAAGAGCGGCUCAUUAAAGGUAAAUUUCUUCGAUUUUGUACAUUGUUGAUGAUGGAUUUGCCUGGUAAAUGAAAGACUAAUUUAUAAGCUAUUUGCUUCAA